UGGAAGCGGUGGGGAAUCAAGGUGUGGCCCAAGCGCCUCGGCCAACUCGCUUGCGACGACAAAGGUUCUUUCUCCAACCGUCCUCUACACCUGUCUCCCUCGGUAUCCUCGCUGCGCCUAGUCCCGAACCCUUGUGAGCGAUGCUACGCGUUUAUCGGUGACGGGCGACCCUUUCCUAUCUCGCACGGCCACCAAUCUCUCCGUCGCGCUUCCUCCAAGUGGGGUGCAAUAUCCCCCCUCAGCGGCUCUUAUAUCUAAUCCCAGGCGGCACCACGACUAUUAGUCAAGAUGGCGAUGAAUUUUGUUACCUUCAACCAGGACUACAGCUACCUCGCUGUUGCCACCUCCAAGGGUUUCCGCAUAUUCACGACCGACCCCUUCGCCAAGAGCUAUGAAACGAAAGAAGGAAAUAUAGCCGUGAUUGAGAUGCUUUUCUCGACCUCCCUUGUCGCCCUUAUUUUGUCUCCUCGGCGAUUACAGAUCACGAACACCAAGCGUCAAAGCACAAUAUGUGAAUUGACAUUCCCGACCACAGUCCUUUCUGUGAAGCUUAAUCGAAAACGCCUGGUCAUCGUGCUCGAGGAUCAAAUCUACCUCUAUGACAUUCAGACUAUGGGGCUAUUGUCCACGAUUGAUACCUCGCCGAACCCGCACGCUAUCUGUGCCCUGGCGCCUUCGUCGGAUAACUGCUACAUGGCAUACCCUCUGCCUCAGAAGGCCCCCGCCACAGUCAAACAACCCGCGCAUGCUCCUCCGGGUACAUCGCAUGUCUCGCCCACCACCGGAGACGUCCUUAUAUUCGAUGCAGUAAAGCUAGAAGCAAUCAACGUCAUCGAAGCGCAUCGUUCCCCACUCGCCUGCAUCACCUUGAACAGCGAUGGUACACUGCUCGCAACUGCCUCAGACAAAGGGACUAUCAUUCGUGUUUUCUCCGUCCCGGAUGGCCACAAACUAUAUCAGUUCAGACGUGGAUCUAUGCCGUCCCGCAUCUACAGCAUGUCCUUCAACACUACAUCCACCUUGCUCUGCGUCUCCUCUUCCACUGAGACAAUCCAUCUCUUCAAGCUGACCCAACAAGGCCCUUCUUCAGAUGGCUCAUCCGCGCAUUCUCCAGUUGGUCGCGACUCUCAUUCCGGGGCUGGCCCUUUUGGACAGCAGGAGGAGGAUGAGUACGGUGGCGAGAGCAACCCCGAUUUGGGAGCUAGAAAGCACAACGGCACAAUAAUGGGCAUGCUUCGCCGGACAUCUCAAAACGUCGGUGGAGCCGUUGCUGCAAGAGUGGGUGGGUAUCUUCCCAAGGGAGUUAGCGAAAUGUGGGAGCCCGCACGAGACUUUGCAUGGUUCAAGCUGCCUCGGUCAAAUCAGAGUGCAGGUGGAAAUGGCAAUACCGGUCCGCUUAGGAGUGUCGUUGCUAUGAGUAGCAAUACUCCUCAGGUUAUGGUAGUCACCAGUGAUGGAAAUUUCUACGUUUUCAACAUCGACUUGUCUAAAGGUGGGGAGGGAACUCUCACCAAGCAGUACUCGGUUAUCGAUUCAAACGAUAGGCUGGGAUACCCUGCGGUGGAUUAUUGAGUACGAGGGCUUUCGCCUCAAAUAUGCGCUACUUUUAUUCAAUUUUCUUCCCCCCAUGGAUCCCGAAUCACCAUUCAUCCAUGCAUCGCUCCGACUAUCUGCUCUUACUCUCAUUUACGGUCACUAUUCCCCUCCUUGCAAGCGCUAGCGUUCUACAUUCUCUAUCAUGGCGUCAUCAAUGAAGCUUUUGAUCUUCUGGUAUCUGGCCCUCGGCGGUCGCGUGUUUUCUUUGAGGCUGGUAGCGUUACUUUACUUGUAUUCCGAUACCUCGAAAUGAAUGGGGGGUUUUCACUGUGCCUAUGCAGCGGUUGUCCUCUCAUAUGAGAACCGAUCAAGUUCCAUCAACGGAUGAUUUAUGCUUGUUCUUGGCAUGACAGGGAUGAACUCUCCUUGAGCCACAAACAGGUAACCUGUGCAGUUCCGGAUGCUAUUGGAUCAAUUAGAAUAUAAAUUGAGAUUCCACUGCUAAGGGCAGAGGGACAAGCUACUCCGCCUCGCUCCGCAAUUAUUGAAUUCGAUGGC